AUGAUGAAGAAACUCAUUUUUCUUCUUGCUCUGACAUGGUGCAUAGCAGCAACUCUAUCCGAAUCAUCAUCAAACAAAUCACCGUCACAAUCUAAAUCACCAGAAAGCGGUGCACCACCAGCAACAUCACAGACAGCAUCACCAGCAACAUCACAGUCAGCAUCACCAACAACACCAACAGCAUCACCAGCAACAUCACAGACAGCAUCACCAACAACACCAACAGCAUCACCAGCAACAUCACAGACAGCAUCACCAACAGCACCAACAGCAUCACCAGCAACAUCACAGACAGCAUCACCAACAACACCUACAGCAUCACCAGUAACAUCACAGUCAGCAUCACCAACAACACCAACAGCAUCACCAGCAACAUCACAGACAGCAUCACCAACAACACCAACAGCAUCACCAGCAACAUCACCGACAGCAUCACGAACAACUGAAUCAACUGACCCUUCAAAUUCCCCUGGAUUGCCCACAACAACCAGCACAACCUCAGCUUCCACAGUGCUCUCGGCUGUUGAGGUGUUAAUUUUUGCAUUAACAGACCGUAACUACCAGAGGAAAGGUCGGAAAGCGGCGACAGAGAACACGACCGUUUAUUUGUGUUACACCAGUGAAGUGGCUUUGAGGGCGUAUACGUACGCCUGCCUAACAGGCGAAUUAACAAAUGGGGUCGGUCAUUAG